CUUACUUUUUCUCAACAUAACCCAACUUUAAAUUAAAAAUUUUUAUUUAUUGAAAAUGUUUAGAAAAUGUUUUAAUAAGUUAUCAACAAAGAUAAUUCGUAAUUUUCAUGCUAAACCAAAGCGAUUUGAAAGAGAUUUUCCACCUGCAAAAAAUAUUUUAGCCGAAACAAUAAAUGGAAAUAAAAUAAACAAAACGUCCGAUUGGAAAAUAAUAAGGAAUCAAUUAUUAGAAAAUAAAAUUGUGUAUAAUGAGAAAAGUAUAGAUUCUAUUCUAUUGAAUCAUUGCAUUGCAACCAAAAAAUAUGAUUAUGCUAAAAAAUAUAUUGAGUUUUUGCAUGAAGAAAAUAUCAAAAUGAAUUUGGGAAGUCUUGGAAAGUAUUUAAAGAUGUACUAUUCAAUGUAUUAUGAUGGAUUGAUGCAUGAAAAGGAUGAAGAAAAAAUUCUACAAAUCUAUGAAGAUAUUUUGAAAGAAUACCCAGUUUUAGAUUCAAUCACCUUGGAGAAUUUGAUUUGUGCUCUAAGUGUAACAACAUCAUGGAAAAAAUCGAAAGAUUUACUAACACAAUGCAAAUUAACAACAAUCCCAACAAACAAUUCUUAUAAUUCUCUUACAACGUCAGCGUUUCGCAAUGAAGAUCCAGAGUUAGGUUGGGAGUUAUUUAACGAAAUGAUCAUCAAUAAUCGGUCACCUCAAAAUAUAACUUACGAAUCGAUUUUAAACGAAUUAAAAAUAAACGCAUCUCAAUCGAUUUUUAUUGCAAAACUUGAAAAAUUUUUCGAAGUACUAGAUAAUCAUGAUUUGCAAUUUGACAAAGAAAUAGCUGCUUUAUUAUUUAAUAUCUUAAAACAAUCAAAAGUUAAAGGAAUAGUUAGUAAAAUAACUUAUCAAGGAAUUUGUGUAAAAUGUAAAAUAAAAUUAGAUGAAACCAAAUUAACAAACAAUGAAUUUAACGAUUUAAAAGUGGCGUUUUUAAACGAAGUAGUUGUUGGUAAAAACGUUUUUUGUAAAACCACCCCAGAAGAAUUAGAUCGAUUUAAAUCUUUCAUCAAAAAUAUGGGGCAAUUUGAUGUUGUUAUUGAUGGAUUAAACACUCAAUAUUCCCAAGGAGUUGCGCAAAGUCCACAAGUUACAGCAGCUUUGUUAAGUGAAGUUGUUAAUCAUUUUAAAAAACAAGGCAAAGAAAUAUUAUUACUUGGAAGAAACCACAUGGAAAGACUACCAACAAAAAAUUGGAGUUUCAUAAAACGAAAUUGCAUGAUUUUUUUAACUCAAGAUAUUUCACAAGAUGAUCCUUUUAUUCUUUAUUGCGCUUUACACAGUGGAAAUGAUACGAAAAUUGUUACCAGGGAUUUAAUGAGAAGUCAUUUAUUUCUGUUAAAAGAUAAACGAUUAAAGAAAUUGUUUAAGAGGUGGUUAAUUCAAAAUAGGCUUCAUUUAAUCACUGCAAAACCGGGGACUGUUAUAUUUAAGCAACCUUUAAAAUAUAUGAUAACACCACAAAAGAAUGAGAAUACAUGGCAUGUUCCAUACAUUGAAGAAAUCAAAGAAAACCCAAAAUCAAUAAAAUAUGAAUGGUUGUGUAUCGAUUUGAAUAAAUUUAAUUAAUAAAAUUAUUUUUAGAUAAA